AUGCGUUUCUCCACUGUCGCCGCCGCUCUCCUCCCCGUUGGUCUUGCCAUGGCCCAGACCACCCACACCGUCCAGGUCGGUGGGGCCGGCAAGCUUGUCUACACCCCCAACGAGCUCACCGGCGUUGCCAACGGCGAUGUCAUCCAGUUCCAGUUCAUGGACAAGAACCACACCGUCACCCAGUCCACGUUCCCUGCCCCCUGCUCGAACAUCACCGACGCCUCUGGUGCCGUCACCGGUGUCGACUCCGGCUUCCAGUUCGUCGACCCCACUUCGGCCAACGUCCCCGUCUGGCAGAUCACGAUCAACAACGCCUCGGCCCCUCUUUGGUUCUACUGCCGUCAGGCCAAGCACUGCCAGGCGGGUAUGGUCUUCGCGGUGAACCCCACCGCGGCCAAGACAUUCGACAUGUUCAAGACCACCGCUGCCUCCUCCAACUCCGUUAACGGUUCGCCCGCCGCCGCCUCCAACAGCACUAGCUCGGCGGCGUCGUCCGGGUCCUCGGGCAGCGUCAGCUCGCCUACCUCCAGCUCGCCCAGCGGGAGCUCCUCCUCGCCUUCGGCCAAGGCGACCGGCAACUCCGCGACCACCCUCGGCGCCGCCGGCACGUUCGCGAUGGGGACAUUCCUCCGGUGUUGA